UUCUCCCCCACCCCCUGGCGCGCUGUCAGGGAUUGUGAGCUGUCCUGGCGGCGUUUUUGGGGAGAUUGUGGCCGCGCGCCCCGCUUUCCGAGAAUCUCAUCGUGGUAUCGGAGGCUGCGAUGGCGGCGGCCUGCGCGGUGGUGCUGGCAUUGAAAGCAGAAGCGGAGGAGGAAGAGAAGGACCCCGGGGACUGGCGAGACCCCGACACCUCCCGGAGACGCUUCGGGCGGCUGCGCUCCGGGGACGUGUCCGGCCCGGAGGAGGCGCUGAGCCGCCGGCGGGAGCUGUGCCGCCGCUGGCUGCGGCCCGAGCGGCGCUCCAAGGAGCAGAUGCUGGAGCUGCUGGUCCUCGAGCAGUUCCUCAGCCUCCUCCCGCGCCGGCUGCGCCACCGGCGCCCCGAGAGCGGGGAGGAGGCGGCGGCCUGGGCGCGCUCCCUGCAUCCGGCCUCCCCGCAGGGCACCCCGACUUUCAAGGCCGAGGCUGAAUGUCCAACCCGGGGAGAAUGGCAGCAGCUGGCCCCAGCUGCCCGGAACGGCUCAUGCGGAAAGAGCAUGGAGAACGAUGGGAGCACGGCCGUGCAGGCCUGGAGAACCAAGCUGUCUGGAACCCCGACCUGAUCCCAAAGCAGGAGGAAGACUGCAAGGAGGAGGCCAAGCUUGCACAGGCCUGGGUACAAGGCACGUGUCCAUUUACAAGGUGGACCAGCAGGACAGUCGAAAAUUAUGCACCACUGGCAUCGAUGGGGCCAUGAUGAUCUGGGAUUUCAAGGCAUCCCAGAAGCCAUCAUGGGUGUUAAUAUCCUGAUAGGAGCCACAGGAACCUGGAGGCCACCAUGGCUGUUGAUAUCCUCAUAGGAGCUACAGGUCGAGACCUGUCCCAGGAGAAUCCAUAUUUACCCACAUGGAUGCCUAUGAGGAGUUCACCUCCGAUGAAAUAUACUGAACCUUGCUAUGCCAAGGCCACAUGAAACUCAGAAGAGACAAAAGAAGAGAAAAAACUACAUCUCUCCUUGUUCAAUGAUGUUUUGGUUGUGUCUAAUAAACUGUGAGUAUGUCCCUCAUGCCUGCCAUACUAUUAGAGGCUACACUUUGAUUAGGCUUUACGGUACAGAAAUAAAAUAGUUUUUUUAAUUUA